GAACUCACAGUCACCACCACAGGCUGCCAUGUGGUGACCAUCAGAGACAGAGCAGAGGUGACAAGGCUCUUUUUAAAGAGUCAAACAGCUACGGGUUCUUCUGCCUUGGUUUACUCUUUGAUUACCUGCCUGUGUGUAAGCUGAAUCCAUUGAAAAAUAUGCUGACCACCCUGUUUCUCUGCCUCCUAGUGUCUUCUGUAAUUGCUACUGAAAAAGACAGUGCCCUUCCCAAGCUGAAUAACACCAAAGAUGUUGAAGCCUUCAUCGAUUCUGCUGAAGUGGUGGUCAUCGGAUUCCUGGAGGGAGAGGAAAGUCAUGGCUACAAGGAACUUGUGGCGGCUGCAAAGCGAGUCAGCUCUGUCCCUGCAGCCAUUUGUACUGUGAAGGAGGUGUGGGCUGACUACAACAUCGCCUCAGACAGCAUUGCCCUCUUCAGAAAAGCUGAUAACCACCAGGAGAACAUUGUUCUUUCUAAGAUCAAGAAGUUAGAAACCGAUGGUCUUGUAAACUUCAUUUCUAUCAACGAGCUCAGAUACAUCACAGAGUACAACCAAGUGACAGCAGUGGGUCUGUUCAAUUCAGAGGUGAAGACACAUCUCCUGUUUUUUGCCAACAGGGGGAGUAAAGAAUAUCUUGAGCUCAAGGAGCGACUGGGAGCUCUGGCCCCAGAGUACACAGGCAAAUUCUUGUUCGUGCUGAUUAAUGGAGCAGUGAAGUCCAACUUAAAGUCGCUCAACUACUUUGGCCUCAAGCCACAGGACCUCCCACGAGUUGGCAUCUAUGAUGGUGACUCUGACAUGAAGUGGCUUCUACCGGAAGGAGAAAUUUCUACAGAGCGCGUGCGGGAGUUCUGUGAGUCUUUCCUACGAGGAGAACUGAAGGAGGUGAAGCAGGCCGGAGCAGAGGCCAAAACAGAGCUGUAGGACUCAAACAACUAAAAAUUAACUUCUUAUGUACAAAAUAAAAUGAGAAAAAAAAA